AUGCCUAUAACAUUGAAAGGUAAAUUUUCGGUAGUGAGGCCAGCAAUGUUAUAUGGGUCAGAAUGUUGGGCAGUAGAUAAGAAAGCGGAACAGAGAAUGAGCGUAGCGGAGACGAGAAUGUUAAGAUGGAUGAGUGCAGUGACUGGGGAAGAUAGAAUAAGAAAAGAAUCCAUAAGGGGCAGUCUAGGAGUUGCAUCAAUUGUGGAGAAAACGAGAGAGAAUAUGUUGAGACGGUUCGGUCAUGUUAUAAAAAGAGAUGAGGCAGAGGCAGUGAGAGGUGUUAUGAAGAUAAAUGUAGAGGGAAAAAGUGAAAAAGGAAGACCAAAGAAAAAAUGGGUGGACGGAAAACAGAGUGAAAUGAUGGUAGCGGGGGUUAUUGAACGAGAUUUAAGAUACCGAGCUCUAUGGAGGUGUAGGACUAGGGUGGCCGACCCCAUGUAG